CUCAGCUUCCCGGUAGUCGUUAUUGCAGCAAAGUAGCUGACUGCUGCAAUAUAGUGAUUUAGGUUGCGGGAUGCUUGAGCGCUGAACUUGUGACCCGAUGACCAUUGCGCCCCUUGCACAUUGGCCUAAUUUUCAUUGCGAACAAAGGAAUCGAGUUUUAUUAGCUCACUGAUACUUUUCUACUAAGCGAAAACGUGUUUCAGGCUUGCCGACGAGAUCGCGACAGCCAGCCCAGCCCGGCCUUUUACUUCACAGAAUGCAGCUGAAGACCUUACAAAUCGUUUGGCAUGGAAAGGAGCCCGUGCUUAGCGUUGACUUCCAGCCUAACAGCCAUACGUUGGUCUCUGGCGGGCAAGAUGGCGAGGUCAAGCAUUGGGAGGUGGUGUCUGAGGACGACGGCAGCCCCGGGGUGCGCUUCAUCAGCAGCUACCCCGUGAACAGCAAGUCGGUCAACUGCGUGCGCUUCUCACCCACGGGCGAGUUGCUAGCCAGUGCGGGCGACAAGGGGGAGGUGCUGCUGUGGCGCUUCACCGCCUUCGCUCCCGGAGCCCCCCAGCCGCGACUGGGGAACCUGGAGGGGGAAGUUGCCGGCGCCUCCUCCCUCCCCUGCUGCCCGGGGAGUAGCACCCCCAGCGGCAUGUGGCGCCAGGUUGGCAGUCUGCGGGGCCACUGCGACGACGUGCUCGACCUGGCCUGGGCUCCCGACGGCUCGGCGCUGCUGUCCGGCGGCAUCGAGAACAACUGUAUCCUGUGGGAUGUGGAGGGGCGCAAGUCGCUGAAGUGGCUUCAGGACCACGGGCACUACGUGCAGGGAGUUGCUUGGGACCCGCUGGGGCGCUACAUCGCCUCGCAGUCCGCGGACCGCACCGCGCGGGUGUACUCGGUGAAGCCGCCGCCGGCAGGGGGGGCAGCGGAGGCAG